AUGCCUGAUGUUAUUUUUCUUCUUUUGUUUCCAGAAAUAGUAGCAGUUGUUUAUGAUAAUGAUAAUUAUAUUAUUACAGUUUGUUCUGCUAUUGCUGCUAAUGUUAUUACUACUGAUAUUGUUACAGCUGUUGAUGUUGCUGCUACUACUACAAUUGAUGUUGUUUCUGCAACUAUUGUUGCUGAUGUUGCUGUUAGUAUUGAUGGUGUUGAUAGUGCCAAAGCUUUUCAAUAUAAUUUUUUU